GCCGCCUCUGCCCGCGUCCACGGCAAGGCCACUGCUUGCACCCCGGCCGGACUCUGGUUACUCUCCUCGUCUUACGGCAUCGCGGGUCACACAGGGAAAGCCUUGUUUGACUCUGCAGCACUUACCAUCCUGGGGCGCAAGACUGGAAGAGGGGUGACGCGUGCGACCUGCCCUUUCCCGCCCCCAUCUCCCGAGCGGACUCACAAGUGCCCUCCUCGGGAGGCUGCUUGGAGGCUAACCGCGCUGUUAGGAAGGACUUUCUGUCUUGGCUGGCGUUUGGGGAAGACACGGUUUCGUUGAAGUUCAAGAUCUCUGGAUCUGGGUGGUUCUUCAGGAAAAAAUGACUACUUCUUUGAAUUCAUGCCUGGGCUUUAUCUGUCUAUUGCUAUGCCAUUGGAUUGGAACAGCAUCUUCUCUGAAUCUCGAAGACCCUAAUGUGUGCAGCCACUGGGAAAGCUACUCAGUGACUGUGCAAGAGUCGUACCCACAUCCCUUUGAUCAGAUUUACUACACCAGCUGCACUGACAUCCUGAACUGGUUUAAAUGCACUCGGCACAGAAUCAGUUAUCGGACAGCCUAUCGACAUGGGGAAAAAACUAUGUAUAGGCGCAAAUCCCAGUGUUGUCCUGGAUUUUACGAGAGCAGGGACAUGUGUGUCCCUCACUGUGCUGAUAAAUGUGUCCACGGCCGCUGCAUCGCUCCAAACACCUGUCAGUGUGAGCCUGGCUGGGGUGGGACCAACUGCUCCAGUGCGUGCGAUGGCGAUCACUGGGGGCCUCACUGCAGCAGCCGGUGCCAGUGCAAAAACGGGGCUCUGUGCAACCCCAUCACGGGGGCCUGCCACUGUGCCGCAGGCUUCCGCGGCUGGCGCUGUGAAGACCGCUGCGAGCAGGGCAGCUACGGGAACGAGUGUCACCAGAGAUGCCAGUGCCAGAACGGAGCCAGCUGCGACCACGUCACGGGGGAGUGCCGGUGCCCACCGGGGUACACCGGGGCCUUCUGUGAGGAUCUUUGUCCCCCUGGCAAACACGGUCCACAGUGUGAGCAGAGGUGCCCCUGCCAAAACGGAGGAGUGUGUCACCACGUCACUGGAGAAUGCUCCUGUCCUUCGGGCUGGAUGGGCACAGUCUGUGGUCAGCCUUGCCCGGAGGGUCGCUUUGGAAAGAACUGUUCCCAAGAAUGUCAGUGCCAUAAUGGAGGGACAUGCGACGCUGCCACAGGCCAAUGUCAUUGCAGUCCAGGAUACACGGGAGAACGGUGUCAGGAUGAGUGCCCUGUGGGGACCUAUGGCAUUCGCUGCGCAGAGACCUGCCGCUGUGUCAACCGAGCCAAGUGCUACCACGUGAGCGGCACGUGCCUCUGCGAGGCGGGCUUUGCUGGCGAGCUCUGCGAGGCGCGCCUCUGUCCAGAGGGCCUCUAUGGCAUCAGGUGUGAUAAGCAGUGCCCCUGCCACCUGGACAACACUCAGAGCUGUCACCCCAUGUCUGGAGAGUGCGCCUGCAAGCCAGGCUGGUCAGGACUCUACUGUAAUGAGACUUGCUCUCCUGGAUUCUACGGGCAAGCUUGCCAGCAGAUUUGCAGCUGCCAAAAUGGGGCCGACUGUGACAGUGUGACUGGAAAGUGCACCUGUGCCCCAGGAUUCAAAGGAAAUGACUGCUCUAUCGCAUGCCUUCCGGGAACCUAUGGGAUAAACUGCUCCUCUCACUGUGGCUGUAAAAAUGAGGCCGUCUGUUCUCCUGUGGACGGUUCUUGUACUUGCACGGCAGGCUGGCACGGUGUAGACUGCUCCAUCAACUGUCCCAGCGGCACAUGGGGUUUGGGCUGUAAUUUAACCUGCCAGUGUCUCAAUGGGGGAGCUUGCAACACCCUGGAUGGAACCUGCACGUGUGCCCCUGGAUGGCGCGGGCGGAAAUGUGAAUCUCCCUGCCAGGAUGGCACGUACGGGCUGAACUGUGCCGAGCGCUGCGACUGCAGCCACGCAGACGGCUGCCACCCCACCACAGGCCACUGCCGCUGCCUCCCUGGAUGGUCAGGUGUGCACUGCGACAGCGUGUGUGCCGAGGGACGCUGGGGCCCCAACUGCUCCCUGCCCUGCUACUGCAAAAAUGGAGCUUCGUGCUCCCCUGACGACGGCCUCUGUGAGUGUGCUCCUGGAUUCCGAGGCACCACUUGCCAGAGAAUCUGCUCCCCUGGUUUUUAUGGGCAUCGCUGCAGCCAGACAUGUCCACAGUGUGUCCACAGCAGUGGACCCUGCCACCACAUCACAGGCCUAUGUGACUGUUUGCCUGGCUUCACAGGCGGCCUCUGCAAUGAAGUGUGUCCCAGUGGCAGAUUUGGGAAAAACUGUGCAGGAAUUUGCACUUGCACCAACAACGGCACCUGUAACCCUAUUGACAGAUCUUGUCAGUGCUACCCAGGUUGGAUCGGCAGUGACUGCUCCCAACCCUGCCCACCUGCGCACUGGGGCCCAAACUGCAUCCACACUUGCAACUGCCACAAUGGAGCCUUCUGCAGUGCCUACGAUGGCGAAUGUAAAUGCACUCCUGGCUGGACGGGGCUCUACUGCACUCAGAGAUGCCCUCUGGGGUUUUAUGGCAAGGACUGUGCGCUGAUAUGCCAGUGUCAGAACGGAGCCGACUGCGACCACAUCUCCGGGCAGUGUACCUGCCGCACGGGAUUCAUGGGCCGGCACUGCGAACAGAAGUGCCCUGCAGGAACAUAUGGCUAUGGCUGUCGCCAGAUAUGUGACUGUCUGAAUAAUUCCACCUGUGACCACAUCACCGGGACCUGUUACUGUAGCCCAGGAUGGAAGGGGGCACGGUGUGAUCAAGCUGGCGUUGUAAUCGUCGGAAACCUGAACAGCUUGAGCCGAACCAGCACUGCCCUCCCUGCCGAUUCCUACCAGAUUGGCGCCAUCGCAGGCCUCAUUACCCUUGUUCUUGUUGUUCUCUUCCUCCUGGCGUUGUUCAUUAUUUAUAGACACAAGCAGAAGGGGAAGGAGUCACGCAUGCCGGCGGUUACCUACACCCCUGCCAUGAGGGUCAUCAACGCAGAUUACACCAUCUCAGAAACCCUGCCCCACAGCAAUGGUGGAAAUGCCAACAGCCACUACUUCACCAAUCCCAGUUAUCAUACACUUACCCAGUGUGCCACCUCCCCUCGGGUUAACAACAGGGACAGGAUGACCAUCACCAAGUCAAAGAACAAUCAACUGUUUGUGAAUCUUAAAAACAUGAAUCCUGGGAAGCGAGGCCCAGCUGUGGACUGCACGGGGACACUGCCGGCAGACUGGAAACAUGGUGGUUACCUCAAUGAACUCGGUGCUUUCGGACUGGAGAGAAGUUAUAUAGGAAAAUCCUUAAAAGAUCUGGGGAAGAAUUCUGAAUAUAACUCAAGUAACUGCUCCCUAAGCAGUUCAGAAAACCCAUAUGCCACUAUUAAAGACCCACCUGUGCUUCUCCCUAAAAAUUCAGAGUGUGGCUAUGUGGAGAUGAAGUCACCUGCGAGAAGAGAUUCCCCAUAUGCAGAGAUCAAUAACUCGACUUCAGCCAACAAGAAUGUUUACGAAGUUGAACCUACAGUGAGUGUUGUCCAAGGAAUAUUCAGCAAUAUUGGGCAUCUCACCCAGGAUCCAUACGACCUCCCAAAGAACAGUCACAUCCCUUGCCAUUAUGACCUGCUGCCAGUCCGGGACAGUUCAUCCUCCCCCAAGCGAGAGGAUGGUGGUGGCAGCAGCAGCAGCAGCAGUACCAGCAGCAGCAGCAGCAGCAACAGCAGCAGCAGUGAAUGACACCAAAGAACGACGGGGUGACCACUGGAACCCUUUCCAGAACUGCAGUUCAGUUCUUCUCCACCCGUUAGCCUCCUCAGUGAACGUUAGCCAACUUGGUAGGCAGUUGUUGGACGUGAUCAGAAAGCUCAAAGCUGAGGCUGGCAGUAGGUGGCUUGGAAGGAGAUAGCACUGUGAUUUCCUGUUUGUUGUUAGUUUUAGAACUGCACCCGUGAAGCAGGAGUUAUCGUAAGAUGUUGACUAACAGGACAAACUUGCAGAAUUCUUUCAGAGAUGUGGUUUGCAGUGGACCUUGGUGUUAUUACUUGGAAAAUUACAACUUAAAUUUUUUUUUCUCAUUUGCAUCAGGCUUAUGCCUAGGAUUGUGCAGUUUACCAGAAAUUUGCAUCAUAGAAAUGGAAAUCACUAAACAUAUUGAAGAUAAGGAGCAUUUAUUUGAGUCUUUAUUGUCUAAUUCUUUCCAGCUGGACUCAGAAAUGUAGGAGUUGUGUAAAUGCAGAAAUAAACAUUCUGUCAGGUGGCAAUACUGGAUAAAUUGAACAAACACUAGAAAUGGAUAGCAAAUUUAAAUAUUAAAGAUGUAGGGCUUUUUAGAAUGAGGAAAUGUACAAUUAGAAUUAUUUUAGAAAUAGUAGAAAUAUUACAAGAGUCAAUAUACCAAUGUACCGGGCAGAGGUGGACUUUUUUUGUGUGAUCCUCGGCCCAGUUUGGAUCCAUGACAUUAUUCUGAGCACUGUCCCAUCGUGCGUAUUCACCAGUUGAGGCACAUGACAUAUUGUUAAUUAUUUCAUAAAUGUAGAAAUGAAAUAAUUUUACUUUUGACAGACUGGAUUGAGUGUGUAAUGAUUAGUAAAGGUUGUAAAUUUUAUGUGUGAGAAGAUACUUCAGUUGUGUAAACCAUUAGUAAUACAUGCUGUAAUAUAGAAUUAGCAGAAAGUUUUGAUUAAUUUACCCCUAAAAGUGGCCUAAAUAUUUUUGUGCAUAUUUGAAAAGGAGCACUUUCCUUUUAUUAAUUGUUACUUUAGAGAAACUAUGCUUAAGCUGGUCUUUUGCAUUGCUAAUAUGACAUGUACCCCAUUUUUCAUUAAUUUGUGUUUUCAUUAAGUUGUAUAUUCUAUGUUUUGUAGUGUUUGGAUUGUUAAUGAAAAGCUAUUGUAUGGUCAUUGUUUCUUGUAUUAGUGCCAUUCAUCUUUUGCUUGAUUAAAAUAUAUUUUUCUUUUAGAGGAAAGAAAUGAAAGCAUAUAACUUAAAAAUUGGUCAUUGCUAAAAUGGUACUGUCACUAUAAAUGAAUAGCUUAUGAUGGAAAUGGAGAAGCAUUUGAAUAUCCCAAAACCAGCGUCUUUUGGUCUUUGGGUUCCCGGAGUCUUGGUUAAACGGGAGGAAGGAGAGCACCGAACACUGCAGAUGGGUCUUCGUAAGACCUAGGUUACGGUCAUCAUGUAAUCGUCCAUACAAACUCGGACUCUUUUAGAGUGAGGCCCUGAUGAGUGGCUGUCACGCCAUGAGUGCAAGCCUGCGCCACCCCGGGUGAACCAGAACAGGUGCUCGUCCUGGGCACACUCACACAGGGACAUUUUUCGCUCCGAGGUAGCUAUCUUGUGAGAAUGUCAAGAUACACGAGAAGGCCGGUUUUUCCUUCUUUGAUCUGCCUGAGCUAGCUGUGAGGCUAAAUAAGGAAGCAACUGUAAAAAUUAAGACAGCGGUCCUCCGUCUUUUCAGACAUGAAAUCUUAUAUGACGUUUUAUCGGAGUCAGCCGAUAACAUUUGUUAAUAUAUUGCAUGCCAGUAGUGUCCAUAGGCAUUGUCUCAGCCAGCUAUUGAGUUGGGAAAUCCACUUAUUUCAUGCCGCAUACUUGGAUCCAUAAUGCUUUGUUUGGUCAGAUGAUAGCACAGCAAAUACAUGCCCCCGUGAUGGCUGCUUCCUUUAAGAGCUCUAAAGUUAAUUCAAAUAAAUAAGUAAUUUCUUGGAGCACACAUUGGAAACAAUUUACUUAUUCCAAUAAUUGUGUUGACCCUUGGCUCUAGGGAUGGGCAUCAAAUGAGAUACAAGUAGGUCAGUGGUCAUAGGAGUCCUUUUAGGUAAGAAACAAAAUAAGACUUUUUCCCCUUUCUUUUGAAAGAGGCAUCCCUUCAGAGCUCUGUCGUAAGCUUGUGUGUCCCCAUUACUCACUGAAGAUAGGUUUUAGAAAUCUGUUUCUUUUCUCAUUCUCUUAUUAAAAAAAAAAGAUUCAUGUGCAAAGGCAACAGCAAUGUAAGUAGAAAGUCUGGACAGCAGAGGUAGACGCCAUCGGGCUCAUGAUGUCCUGAAGCAUUUGUACGUGAAGCAAUGUUAACUAAGCAGAGCUCACUCAGGACUUUUCCAACAUCGAAACACAAGUAGCACUUGGAACACUGUAAAACUGGUUGAAAGGCAACCUUUCUAGAUAUUUUUACAUAAUUUCUCUCUUAUAUCCAGUAGUAGUCAAAGCACUGAAUGAGUUUAGGGGUACCUAGCAAAAGCCGUUCAUACAAGAAUGUAAGCCAAACUAUCAUUCCUUCCCUAGAAGUUGAUGCCUCAAAAAAUUAUAAAUUAUUUCUAUUUAUAUAUAAAUUAUCAAAACUUGCUCAAAUGAUAACCAAUGUGCUUUGCUUUAAUAAGAAUAUGUCAUCUGUGGUUAAUCAUAGGAUGAUAAGGAAACUUCCAUAAUUAUUUACUGUUUGUCAUUAGUUUCUCCCCUAACACAGUAAUGUUAACAAAGAGUUUAAUGUGUUUAACCAAUUUGAGGAAAAUCAACCACAUAAUUUUAUAAUAGGACAAUAUAACCCGUCUCAACCAAAUCCAUUGGUGCAACAUGUGUCGUGAGAAAUGCACAGUGUUAUGAAAAUUUGGUCAUCUUGACCUCAGUGAGUUACGGUAGUGGUACAUUGGAAUUUUUUAAAAACCAUAAAUAUUGAAAAGUUAGCAACUGGCCAAACUUUGAUAUUGCUGUAUCCCACACUGGUCAGAGUCUCAGAUUUGUGUCUUUUUUUUGUAUAUUGUUCACAAGGUUCCAACUAAACUGGACAGUUUAAUAUUUAAUUUCCAGGGAAACUAAAACAGCAAAAUAUUCAAGAGUCAAAGCAAUGUAAUUCGUUUUGAUAUUGUAUGUCCACUUUAUAUUUAAAAUUUUUAAAAAUUGAGCUUUAAGAUUACGCUUUUUAAAAUAAUGAAUCUCUUGUCUCUGGGUGAUAUGUCGUUAAUAUUUAAACUAAAUACUUAGGAGAUAUUUGGGUCUUACAGGCUUUCUGUCAUGGGAGUGUACAUAGAUAUAAAAAUGUGAAUCAUGUGGUAUGGACAGGCACUUGUUUAUUUGCUACAGUUGUACAACAAGCUGCCCUUAUGCUAACACUGGGUCUGCUUAUUCUAGUUCAGUGUUUAACAUAGGAUUCAUUUUGAUAAGACCAAAUCACAGUAUGUAUAUUUUAAGAGGGAAAAAUAAAAAACAUUAGGAUUUAUUUGGUUACAGCAAACAAUUCUUUCAGUGUUGAAUAUCUAUUUUCCAAAGAUGGCGAACUUUUAUCAAUAUUAGUCUACAUUGUCAUUUAUA